AUGGCGCCUCGGGGUGAUAUCAAGCCGACUCCGCUGCCAUUCAAUCACGAUGCAGUUGAAGGGACAAAUCCUGAUGGAAACCCCGAAGGGUCAGGAGAGAGAGCCGGGCCGCGGAACGAGGACCAUGGAGAGCCCAUUAAUCCGGUUCCACCAACAGAAUCCAAAAGGAGGCUGCAGAAGAUGGUCCAGGACCUGGGCGCAAAAUAUGACGCACUGUCGAAAACUAUUGAUCAGAAACAUGACGGGAAGGAGUCUCUCGUUGACAACCUCUUUCAGCACAAGGAGUCAAUAUUCACCGAAGAAGUAUCCAACUUCGAUUUACCCAGAAGGUUCAAGGUACCUGACAUCCCUGUUUUUUCAAGCAGUGAAGAUCCGGUGGAGCAUUUGGACAAUUUCCGAUCUCAUGAAAAGCUAGAGACAGAAAGUGCACCAGAUGAUUUCAUUUAUGGUGCAAUUUUCCAAGGGUUGAAGAAAGACAAACCUCUGAUGGCGGACUUAGCGUUGAAACCACCAAAAGAUCUUCAUACCUUUAUGCAACAACAGCCUUCCACCGAGAAGCCUAAGAAAAAGAAGAAUCUUGAGCCCAUACAGGACGCCGGUCCCGGAGAAUACAAGAAGGCGAGGAAGAAUUUUGGAGAUUACAAGUGGACACCAUUAAAUGCCUCUUUCACCGAGGUGCUUAUGGAGCUCAAAAAAGAUCCGAAUUACCAGAGACCUAGACCCAUUCUAGGAGAUCCACCCCCGCGCUUGGCUCACAAAUACUGUGCCUUCCACGAUUCAUAUGGUCACCUGACCGAGCAGUGUGUAUCAUUGAGGCAAUUGAUCGAGAAAUUCAUCGAGAAUGGGAAACUAGUUCGAUUUCUCGUCAAUGAGAGGAAUCAUCAAGAGCGAGACCAAUAUCCGCGGCCAAGGAGGGAGGAAGAUCGGAAUGAAAGGAGAAAUUAUCAACCGAGACAAGAAGAAAGAAGAGGAAGAAGCCAAGAGCCAGCACCUCAACCUCGGAGGGACGAAAGAAGGGAGAGAAGUAGGAGCAGAGCUCGAGUGGCGCAGCUAGGCAAUCUCCCUAUCAUCCACACUAUCUCGGGAGGAUUUGGAGGAGGAGGUGAGUCCAACUCGGCUCGGAAGGCGUAUGCCAGGCAGCUGGAUGAUUUCGAAACUUGGCGGAUCCUCGUUGACACAGGGAGCUCGGCUGAUAUUCUGUUUAAAUCAGCUUUUGAUUACAUGGGAGUUCCACGAGAAAAGGUGGUCCCGGUCUCAUGCCAGUUACAGGGUUUCGCUGGAGAAAAGGUGCUGCCUCUCGGUUCUAUUGAUCUACCUGUAACGGCAGGGACUUAUCCGAGGCAAAAGGUCAUUAUGGUAAAGUUCCUGAUAGUUGACAGAGUCUCGGCCUAUAAUGCCAUCAUAGGGCGGACAGCUCUCAACGACUUCAAAGCUGUGACUUCAACACCGCAUCUCAGCAUGAAGUUUCCAACAGAAGAAGGAGUUGGAGUGGUUAAAGGAGACUAG